AACAAAUGUAAGUAGAUAUUGAAAUUAAUUUCUUAAAAUAUAACUUCAUAUAAAUAUCUACUCAUUAAUGAGUUUUCUACUUACUAGUGAAAUUAACAUUUUGACUCGUUGCAUGCGCGUGCAUCCUUGUACCCUGUGGUAAUAAGUUUAAGUAUAAAUAUCAGAACUAUUGCACUUGUCUCGAGCUAGUUCUCGUUGAAAAUCUUAUCAGUUCGGUUGUCUCAAAUUAGCUAGAGAAAAUGAUAAAGUGUUUAAUAGUUUUAUUCUUAGUGCUGACAUGCACUCUUGCUAAUAAAUUGCCGGAAGGUCUCACCUCAUGUAGCCGAUCAGAUAAAGCUUUUCAUGAUUGUUUGGGAAAAGCAAUUGAAGAAGCAUUAGUUGCUUUCAAAAAUGGAAAUAAAAUGUUUAAUGUGCCACCAAUUGAUCCUUACCACAUUGUUCAAAUCGAUGCUGAUCAUGCAAAAGGAAAUCCAAAUUUCAAUUUAAGAUCAGCAUUUGUAAACCUUGAUGUGUUGGAUUUAUCAAAAAUGCAUAUAUCUCGUGUUGCAACAAAGUUUGACAAAAAGUUUGGUCUUAAAUUUGAAGUAUUAAUCAAGGAAACAACAUUUGUUGGUAAUUACACAAUGAAUGGUAAAAUGGUGGUUCUUCCAAUCGAAGGUGGCGGAAGAACAAAAAUAUUACUGAAAAACACGAAAGGACUUUUCGACCUAAGGGGAGAUUUUUACGAAGAGAAAGGAGAAACAUACAUCAAAGUUACUAAAUUCAAGUUCCAUCUUGAACCAAAUCCUGCAACAUUCUAUUUCGAAGAUAUUUUCAAAACUGAUGCUCGUCUCAGUGACACAAUCAAUCAAUUCAUGAACGACAAUUGGGAGUUGGUUGCAAGUGCAAUGCUUCCGGGAUAUGAAGAAAAACUUGGAGAAACUUUCAAGGAUAUAACUAACAAUAUUUUCAGUCGAGUUCCAAUGAAUAAAAUAUUCUUGGAAUAAAUAAUUUAGAUUAACAAUUAAAGCUAUCUAAUUGAAAUAUUUUUAAUUUUUUAUCAGUCAAAUAAAUUUCAUAGAGUGACGUUGAAACACGCGUGAGAGAGUGUUUUACUACAACACAAGUCAAUCGAGUGUUUUCUACUUUUUUCUUGAUCGUAUACCAUUUCAGGAAAAUUUUAAUAUAUAUUAAGAUUCAAGACAAGAAAGCAAAUAAAUUCAGUUUGACUUCAAAACAAUUAAUAGUUGAAAUGUUAAUUUAAGUAGCAAUAUUCUUUAAAACAGCGUACAAUGAGAACACUGAAUUAACAAUUCGAAUAAAUUGUUUUAAAGUCAAUUCGAAUAAUCCAAAAAUAUGAAUUUUUAAUGACAAUUUCGAGUUUUCCAUGAUAAUUUUCAUCGAUGUUUUAAACUUUUUUGUUUCCUUCUGCCAUUGCGAGUAGAACAAGCUGUCAGAGAUUUUUUCUGAUGCUAAUGCAAGUUCAUUUCCAAAGUAGCAUGGUAGAAAUAUUUCCAGCAACAUCGGCAACAUGAAGGCAACUGAUGGUAACGAAGUAAUCGCUUUUUCGUCCUGCAAUAAAACAUUUUCUAAAAUUUGUUAAUUUAAAAUUCGUUUUUUAUAAUAAUGACGACCUUACAUAAAUUAAUGAGAAAACUAUCGUACCAAGUAUGACUGUGCUAAGGAAUGCUUGUAUAAACAAAGCCGUUCCAAAGGCGUCUUUAAUUUCAGUGACGUAAACUUUAAU